AGAUAUUUAUAAGCAUAUUGUUCCAAAAAUUUAUCAAUCUAAAAGUAAAAAAGAUAUGGGAAAUUUUGGAAAAAAGUAUUGUACUAUACCUUUACGCCUUUUAAAGUCACUUGUUGAGUCAUAUAAACAUGAUGAAGAAAGCAUCCCCGAAAUUCUUGAAGGUUUACGCCAUUUUAUUCCCGCACUGAACGAUUAUUUUAAACUUUUGCCUCCUAUGUCUGAAACACAAAUGGAAAAGACGGGAGCUAAUUUAAUUUUAUAUGAAUCUUUCGCAUUAACUAAUAAUGAACAAGUUAGAGCUACAAAAAAUUACUAUAAUGCACCGAUGUUUAGUGAUGUUGCUGUUUUUAUGGACUCAGAGCAAGAAAAAUUUGAGACAUAUGAUGGAUAUUGCUUUGCGAAGGUCUUAUUAUUGGUUCGCAUUGUUUUAGAAAAUACUUCGAUAUUCGAUCUUGCACUUAUUCGUUGGUAUGAUUUUAAAUAUCCUAAUAUCCCUUCAAAAUUUUACAAAUACGG